AUGAACUGCCCCUCCCGAACAGAUGAUACUUUGAAGCAUGCUGGGUGGAAUCAAAACCCACGCUUUUUCGCCCCAGAACUGACCACCCGUCAAGAUCUCAAUGGCAUUGCAAACGCCCGUGAGAUCGAGGUCGAUGGAAAUGGCCCAAAUCUAUUACAUGGAAGCUCUAAUUGGAUAGAGACGCCUUCGCUGGAAGAAAAAGAUACAGGAAAUGCUCUCGCCUCGGGACGCGAGGCGUCCCUGACUUUGUCAGGACGCCUCGCUUCCCACAAUACUAAAUCUAGUCUUGCUCACACAAGACUGGGCUCAACCGACGAUGUUCUCCCAACGUAUCAGAGUAUCAAGGAUUGGGCCUUGUGGAUUCUUUCCGUACUCCUUGUCUCCUCUCUCAUCUCCUUCAACACAUUGAAGGGUUACUUUCUCCCCCAAGAACCAAUUCUACUCGAAGUGCCACUGGAACAGUACCCCGUGCCUGCGAAACGGUCGAGCUGUGCCCAGGGAGGUGUUCGCGGCGAUGCCUACGAUCUGCCGUUACACGUCGCAGCAUUGUUCAUUAUCCUAGGCACUUCGACAAUCGCAUGCGCAUUCCCGGUUCUCGCAACCCGGUUCCCUCGUAUGCAUAUUCCACCCUCGUUCCUGUUCUUCGUGAGUCACUUUGGAACUGGUGUCUUGAUUGCGACCGCAUUUGUGCAUCUCCUUCCCACUGCAUUUACCUCACUGGGAGACCCAUGUCUUUCGAACUUUUGGACGAAAGAUUACCCUGCCAUGCCAGGAGCCAUUGCUCUAGGUGGCAUCUUCCUCGUCACUGUCAUUGAGAUGGUGUUCAGUCCUGCGCAAAGUAUUUGCCGGGGAGGUAACCAGCCCACAGCUCAAAGGCCGAACUCUUCGCCAUCUUUGUCGUCUCCGACGAACACAGAGCUUCAAGCUCCAACAUGCGAUGAGCUUGGGUGUCCUGAAAAUUGCAUGGAGCGCGGCCCUCGCUCUGCGGGUUUGGAGGGCCGACCCCAUCUGCGCGACAUGGGCCCGUUGAUUGGAAGGUCUGCCAGCAUAAGUAGGACCAUUCACCGUCUGGGUGAUGGCACCGAUGAGAUUGUUCGUGUCUCUUCUGUCCCAGAUGUUCAAACCCAUCAUGAGAAAGAAAACGGUGUCAUUCAGUCUGACCUAGAGCGACACGACGACUCAUUCGAUCUGACUCCGGAGCAGAAACAAAAGAAAGAGACAAUGCAGGUUUAUCUUCUCGAGAUGGGAAUCUUGUUCCACAGUGUGUUCAUUGGCAUGUCACUCAGCGUGUCAGUCGGGAAUGAAUUUGUGAUCUUACUGAUUGCCAUUGUAUUCCAUCAAACGUUCGAAGGCCUGGCUUUAGGAUCUCGUAUCUCCGCGUUGCCCUGGAAAGAGAAACAACUCCAGCCAUGGAUCAUGUCACUAGCAUAUGGCUGCACGACCCCAAUUGGACAAGCUAUCGGCCUAGCAACCCAUACCCUUUACAGCCCGGACUCCGAGGUUGGCCUACUCGUGGUCGGGAUUAUGAAUGCUAUCUCGGCAGGACUUUUGAUCUUCGCGUCCCUCGUCGAGCUCAUGUCAGAGGACUUUCUCAGUGAUGAGAGCUGGCGCAUUCUCCGGGGUAAGAGAAGGGUCUAUGCCUGUAUCUUGGUCUUCAUGGGGGCUUUCUGCAUGAGUAUCGUUGGGGCUUGGGCUUGA